AUGUUGGUGCCAUUACUAGCAGUGGCCGUGAGCCUUGCUGCCACAGUUUCAGCACAAGAAGUUGCCUGUUACGCGCCAGACGGUUCAGUUGCCAACAAUGAAACCUACGUUCCGUGCAACAAGCUCGGAAUCACCCAGUCCGGCGUCUUCUCUAGCUGCUGCGCUCUCGACGGCCCGGCCGACGAAAGAGAUAUCUGCUCAUCAUCCGGCCUAUGUAUCAACAAGCAACAGCAACCACAAAGAGGGUUCUGUACGGAUAAGACAUGGAAGAGCAAGGCUUGUGUCAACAUAUGCAUGGAUGAAGAGUCUGGCGGUUCCGCUUCCAACUCAACUAUUCUGACCGCUUGUAAUGACGGCACAGCGAAGUAUUGCUGCGGAGCAUCGAACACAACCUGCUGUGGCACCGACGAAGCGAUCUCAAUCCAGACCCAGGAAUCAGUCUGCACUGCGAACACCACAGAUGGCAAUGGUGCUGGCAACGAUGAUGCUUUCAAGGGAGCAACUAUCGGUCUCGCUGUCGUAGCUGGUGUCUGUCUCUUGGCCGGUCUUAUCUCGACGUUCUGGCUGUGGAAGCAGAACAAGUCGCUUAAGCGUCAACUGUCUGAGAAGCCGGACGUAACACCACCAGCAGAGCCUCACACGCCGGCUCAAACCCUCGUCGAGCCUCAGCACACCGGUACAGACCCCCGAAGCUCUUACAUCACCUCUUCACCAGGGCUGUACAAGCCGCCCUACAGCACAUCGCCCCGAGAGUCAGAGUUCCACUCUGGCAACCUUCACAGGUACUCUGAACUGGAUGCAUCAGUCGCGACGGCGCGAAGUGAGAUGGGAUCUCCGACACCAUACGACCAACAGCAUUUCCAUCAGCAAGGACGCGACUCUCCCGUUCCUGAAAACAACACUACACCCAUGGGCUCCCCUCACAUGCACCAUCGGUAG